AUGGCUGCAGAGGAUUCCAACAAACGCAUCAAGCUCAACCUGGAGCCCAGCCUCGACCGCCUUCCCUUCGACAUCACCCAAAAGGCCGAAGAGAUCUACCUCCCAGAUGGCGAUCCGUCCGAGAAACUGAAGCGCAAGAUCAAAGUCAUCUCUGAUGCAGCAGGAGAUCACUAUGAUCGGUACACCGACAACGUAGCAUCAGCGGACGAGCCAGCAGAGGGAUCGGCGCUCGUGACGACAGGUGGUACGGAUGGCUUCAACGUCCAAGACCAAGCUGUAGGAGGAGUAACAGCGGCUACAAAUGCUCGAGCCAAUACGCCCCAACAGAUAUAUGCGAAACUUUGGCACGCGCAAAGCGAGAUCGGGAUUGCACUGGACGUACUCAACAUCAUCAUUUCAUCAUUCCAAAUGCCCUCUGGAGCUGGCGGACCAGGAUCCAAUUUUCCAUCGAAUGCUCCUCCGACGGCAUUACCACCAGGAUCUCUCAAAUGCGAGCAUGUGCCCAAGCCUAUCCUUGUGUCGGCCCAGAUCCAGAACGAGAAGCUGGCGUUAGGCGCUAAAAGGCAACAGCUUCGUAAUGCGGCCGAUAUAUUGAUGCAAGGAGCUCAGAAACUCAGAGGUGUGAUGGUGGAUGAGGACCAGUUCUGGGCUGGUGCGUUGAGACUCAGGAAGAAUAAUUGGUGCCUCGUCUCUGGCAGGAGUGGACAGCAAGGGCUACAAAUGCACCAUGGCCGCCAAGGAACGGGAUCUCAGCUCUUUGUACACUACGGGUUCCGGGAUGUGGGAUCGCUCUACGGCGAACGGGCAUACGCGGAGCUGGUUCGGAACCCAUCUUCUCGCGACGAUUCGUCAGGGACGGCGAGGAGCAUCGAGUUGAACAUUCCAAACAAAAGCGGGAAGGUUCUGAUUAUGAGCCUUAUGCAACAUGGAGCAGUGUGCAUCCAAGGACCAAAAGAAGCCAAAGGAAGGAAAGCCAACACUCUACACACUCAGCUUUUGGAGGCCCAGGAUUCACUUUUUGACGGCGAACUAUUUCAUGAGCUUGUUAAUGAAGCGCGGACAAUGACCGGCAGUGUCUCAAUCGUGGAUAACGAGAUCCUUUUAUCCAUCAACGAAGAACUGGAACUCAGGAUAGCAUACAGAAAUCUCACACCAGAUGACUUGCCUUCUGGCUCAUUGCCUAAAUCCGAUCUCACCAAACGUUACCAAGGGAUUGCCGACGUGAUGCGGUACGCCAUUCAACUGACUCAACAUCGCCGUUUCCGCCAAAAUAUCAAGGAGCGAUCCGACAGCUUUUUCAAGAGUUCGCGUCCAGGAGGUGGACGCGCUGCUGGCUCAUUUGGACAAAUUCAACAAACACUUCAACAUCGCCCCACGGCCAUGCUAAGCACGAUGUUGCAGAUGCUACAGUACUUUACAUUCUCGAAAAGGGUCCGAGAUGUCCUGGCGAGAAGCACAAGGAACCUUCGCCAAAGUUGGUGGGAGGCUAUUCAGCUGCAAUCUGUCGAUAUCAAGUCUCCGCCACCAAGCUUGGUGACCUACAGUGGAGCUGAAAGCGCUGGUUCCCAAACUCCCCUACUGCUCAACAGCACCACAGCUUCGUCUUACAGGAAUAUAUCAAACUAUGGAAUGGGAUCGGCGGUGUCUAUCCGUGUUGGAAUGAAAGCGCAUCCUAUCCGUUUCGUCAUUCGGUCACACCCAUUGCCAUGCGUUGUACUCCAGCUCUCUGACCGACCUUCGGCACCGAUGGCACACAUUGCAGAGUUUGAGAAGGUCCUCGAACAGGAACUAGCCUCUAGAGCGAUCGGACGGAUCUGUGAUGUCCUCAAUUCCAUUCACAACUGGUCAGAUUUGGUGCCUGGCCUACAGAACCCGAGAUUUGUCAUUGACAUUGAACAGCAUUGCGUCGGUGUCUUUGUAGUCCCUCAACAGAGAAGCGAAGUGGGCAAAUUCAAGAGUUCACACAUCCACUUGAUCGUUGAUAUGAAGGCAGACAGGGCCAUCAGCAUUACAAUCAUUUGCAACCAGGAUGGGUUCAGAUCAAAGCGGAUAUUCUUGGAGGACCAGCCAGUGCAAGCCACCCAGCCAACCUCAGGAACGGACAGACUCCACCCGCACGACGAUGACGGCACCGUUACGAUUGGUGCUACUUCUAACACGACAGGAGGGCGAACAAUGGAGACUUUCAGGUCAUGGUUGCAGCAAAACAUUCUUGCAGAGCUUGACUUCUAG